AUGGCGUUCACUGAGGGUCGCAAGUUCUCCACGGGCGCUUCGGCGCACCGUCAGAGACAGAUGAGCACCAUUAUCGAGAAAGAAGGUCAUUUCGGUGCUGCUCUCACUACUCUUUACCUUGGUAUCUCAGCUGUGUUCUCCGAUGACCACACUGCUGUUGUCGCCCUGGCCAUUCACGACACAGUCUACCUGAUCGACUUCUCUGUCAAGCACAUUGUCCUCGAUGAUGCCCUGAGAAUGGGCGAGGAUGUCAUUGCCGACUUUGUGAUUGCCGAGGUGCAGAGAUAUGAGCAUGAGAACUUUGCCAAGUUCAUCGGCGCUGGUCUCCCAACCACUCUUAAGUAUAUGAGCCCGACUUUGUGCUCUCGUCUCUGGCUGGAGCUGGACAUUGUCCCCAUUGUCAUGCGCCCUGAUGAUGAGCACAAGGAGAAGAGUUUCUGGGAUGCCAAGCGUGUUGAUGAACAGGCUGAUUCUAUGGCUCGCAAGUGUAUCAUGAACUUUGGCCCAUCCCUAGUUCCUCUACUUCAAGUUGGCUUCCGUGGCAUUGUCCAGACGGAUGCCGGGUUCCGUGCCCACCUCACUACCGUUCAGAACCACAAGGACACUUGUGGCAGCUCAACCUGGGAGGCAACUGUAGGUUUUGCAAGGAAUCUUCGCAAGAACAAGGUCAAGAUUGCCUUCUUCAGCAGCACACCACAGGGUGGCGGCGUCGCUCUCAUGCGACAUGCUCUUGUCCGCUUCGCUCGUCUGCUUGGUGUAGACCUGACUUGGUAUGUCCCGAAGCCUCGCCCAGGUGUCUUCCGAAUCACAAAGAAUAUCCACAAUAUUCUUCAGGGAGUCAGCCAUCCCGACCAGCGUAUCUCAGCAGAAGAAAAGGCAUCCAUCAUCGAUUGGAUCACAGACAAUGCCAACCGAUAUUGGUUCUCUGAAGGCGGGCCUCUGCGUCCAGCAGAGGAGGGCGGUGCCGACGUUGUCAUUAUUGACGAUCCGCAAAUGCCUGGCUUGAUUCCCCUGAUCAAGAGAUUGACCCCUGACCGCCCCGUUCUGUACCGUUCUCACAUUCAGAUCCGCACCGAUCUCGUCGCCAAGUCUGGCUCGCCUCAAGCCGACAUCUGGGACUUCCUAUGGAGUAACAUCCAGCAGGCCGACAUGUUCAUCAGUCAUCCCAUCCCCUACUUCGUUCCGCAUACAGUUCCGCGCGAGAAAGUCGCCUACUUCCCUGCAACUACGGACUGGCUUGACGGCUUGAACAAACACCUGAACAGAUGGGACGCCGGGUAUUAUGGUCACAUCUACAAUGUUGCCUGUCAUUCUCAACGCAUGACUGAGCUCAGCUGGCCGGCACGAAAGUACAUCGCUCAGGUUGCACGUUUCGACCCUGCCAAGGGUAUUCCCACUGUGAUUGAUUCCUAUGCCGAGUUCCGCCGCCAAUGCAAGAAGGCAGGCAUCGAGGAUGUGCCUCAACUCAUUGUGUGUGGUAACGGAUCAGUUGACGAUCCCGACGCCAGCAUGAUCUACGAUCAGACCAUGGCCCAGAUUGAGCAGCAUUACUCUGAACUCAGCAAGGAUAUCAGUGUCAUGCGCCUCGAUCCAAACGACCAGCUGCUCAACACGAUCAUUGCCAAUGCCCAUGUCGUGCUCCAGCUCUCUACUCGCGAGGGUUUCGAGGUCAAGGUCUCUGAGGCUCUUCACGCAGGACGUCCCGUCAUUGUUACUGCCACUGGCGGAAUCCCGCUCCAGGUCAAGGAGAAUGUCAACGGCUUCUUAGUUCAGCCAGGUGACUGGAAGGCUGUCGCUGCCCAUCUGAUGGAGUUGUUCACAAACGAGGAACUGCACAAGAAGAUGAGCUACGAGGCUCGCACUGGAGUGUCUGACGAAGUUGGGACCGUCGGUAAUGCACUUGGCUGGUUCUAUCUUGCUGCUAAGUGGAACCAAGUCGGUGUCAAGAAGAACGGCAAGGGCGGUAUCGACGGCAAUGAGAAGUGGGUCAACGACAUGGCUCGCGAAGAGGCUGGCUACCCCUACAAGGAGGGCGAGAAUAGGCUGCCGCGUCACUUUACUAAGAAGAAGGAUAUGCCGGUGCAGACCACACCAAAUGCCAAACCUGCCCCUGAGGCGUAG